AAAUACCAUCAGGAUCGAGGGACUCUUUGUCGCGUCCUCGUUUCCUGCCGCAUACAUCCAACGCGUCUCAAAGAGAGAGUCGGACACGGGCAACACACUCCACCGUCGCACUGGUUGCCCAAGACGCAACGACAGCGAUCCCCUCGCCUCGACACCAUGUCUGUUGAGAUUGGUCUCGGCACCCCGCUGGCGGAUGCACUCAGUGCUGCGAUCCAGCCAAAGCUGGUAGAGGUCGGAUGGGGCACGGGAGGCGGCGAUGAAUCCGCCCUCGCCGAAUACAUCAUCCUGAUGCUCGUCAACGGCAAGACGCAAGACCAGAUUGCCGCCGAGCUUUCAGGAGACCUCCUCAACCUUCCGCUCGACGACCCCGUCGUCCACGAGUUCUCCAGAUGGCUUUUUGAGCAGAUCCACUUGCUGAACGCGCAUGGCGCGCAGGGAAACAGCGGUGACUCCAUGGGCGACACUUCACAAGGCGAUGCCGCCGGGGCAAUGGACACCGAGAUGGGCUCUAGCAACGCCCCCGAGCUGAAUGCGCCCACCGGUCCCCGCUCGAUGCGCAACGGCAACAUGAGGGGAGGCCGAGACAAGCGAAUGUUUGGCCAAAUGUCCAAAGCCAUGGAUCGAUCAAACGACAACGUCCUCCACCGCGUUCGCACACAAACAGGCGGCGAGAGAAUCAACACCCACGGCCGUGCACCCCCCAGUGGCCCCCGUGGCGGCCGAGGCGGCAUGAUGCGGAAUCACAACAACAACAACCGGGGCAUGCCUGUCGGCCCCAUGGGCGGCGCCCCUGGAGCCCCCGGAUUCCCACAGUGGCCGAUGCCGCAGGGCCACCCUUCUCAGCUGGACGUCAUGGCGCUGCUGGAGCAGCAGAGCCAGAUGAUGCUGGAGCUCUCUCAGCAGAUGAUGAACAACGGAAACCGAGGGUUUGGCCACCAGCGACGAGGCAAGUCUCUGUUUGAGAGGACUCAGGAUCCUCGCCACAAGAAUAACUUUCGCCGUGGCCAGGGUCAAGGUCAAGGUCAGGGCCAGUCCGAUGCCAACGGGGAGGACUCGAACAUGGAGGGUGGUGCCGAGGGUGAGGAUGUUGACAUGGGAGGCAAGCGUGAGCCUCCGAACCCGGACGAGACGGUCUGCAAAUACAACCUUCACUGCACCAACAAAGACUGCAAAUUUGCGCACCAGUCGCCGGCCGCGCCCCCCGGCACCUCGGUCGACGUCAACGAUGUUUGCAGCUUCGGCGCCGCCUGCAAGAACCGCAAAUGCGUCGGGCGCCACCCCUCACCGGCCGCAAGACUUGCCCACCAGAGCGAGCAGGACUGCAAGUUCUUCCCCAACUGCCAAAACCCCCGGUGCCCCUUCAAGCACCCGUCAAUGCCCCUGUGCCGCAACGGCGCGGAUUGCACGACGCCAAACUGCAAGUUUACGCACGUCAAGACAAAAUGCAAGUUCAAUCCCUGCCUGAACCCCACCUGUGCCUUUGCACACGAGGAGGGCCAGCAGGGCGGCUUCAAGGACAAGGUCUGGACUCCUGGCCAGGGACAGGAGCACGUCAGCGAGAGGAAGUUUGUGGAUGAGAAUGCCGAAGAGCAGCUGAUUCGGCCAGACACGGAGAACAAGCAAGAGAUGGCACAAGAUCAAGAAAUCACGGCUUAG